AUGCUGUGCACAAGAACUUGGUCGGGCUGUGUAGCCAUCGUAGCACUGCUAGCCCUGGCUGCGGAUCCUGUUCACGCGCAAAGCCCGGCUUCGACUGGAUCGGCGGCGACGAGCUCGACUGCAUCAGUCUCUGCAACAGUUACAAUUCCUGCUGUUCCGACAGCCUCUGCCACCAUAGCUCCGUACCUUGCAUCCUGCCCCGCCGAGUAUGAGCUUCAGAUCACUGCGUGCCUCGACACGGUAGCGCGCGAUGGAGCGGUGCUGCCUUGCAACCCAGACGACUGGUGGUGUAACUGCAACAACUGGCAAGGCAUCCUCUCGUGCUACCAGCCCUGCCCAAACAUGCAAGAGCAGCUCGACAUUGACUGGAACCAACAGAACUGCCAGGGCCAGCACGGAUACGCAAACCUGUACGGAGGCAACUCGACGGGGACCUAUCUCGGUUCCAACAUUACCACCACUGGCUCCAACGGCUACACACGCAGCUAUUACAGCGAGAUGCCACUCACCUCGACCUCGACCUCGACCGCCUGGUCGUGGUCGCCGACGGCGUCUGGCUCGAGUCAGCAGCGCUCCCCGUCGUCGGCCAGCACCUCGCACCACUUUGCAGCUAUGCCCGCUGGCCUCAUCGCAUGCUCGCUCGCUCUCGUAGCAGCUGCCAAUCUUGUACUCCUCUAG